AUGGCCCCACCACCGUCCUCGCUCGCGUCGGCGCUGACCAUGUCCGUCGUCGGGCUGUGGUGCAAGGGCUUCAUGUCCCUGACGACGCGCCAGUUCCGCGUCGAGGGCAAAGAACACCUCUACAAAGCGCUCAAGCUAGGCAAGGACCGGACGACAAAGGAAGGACCCGCCGAGAAGGGCAAGCGAAGAGGUGUUCUGACCAUCUGCAACCAUAACUCUGUCGUCGACGAUCCCAUGACCUGGGCCGUUCUCCCUGCGAGCGUGUAUGCGCCCUUCGCGCGACCAGCAUACACCUGUCACAACAACAGAUGGACAUUGGGCGCAAGCGACAUCAUGUUCACGUCCGCCCCGAUGGGGCGUUUCUUCUCCCUCGGCCAGGUGAUCGAGACAGUCCGCGGCGGCGGUAUCUACCAGGACGCAGUGGAUACGGCGAUCGACCGGCUCAAGCACGGCGGCUGGGUCAACAUAUACCCGGAGGGACGUGUGAAUCAGGAGAAGAACAAUCCCGCAGGCGGCAUGCGGAGGUUCAAGUGGGGAGUGGGCCGGAUCGUCAUGGAUGCGGAGGAGAUGCCGGAGAUUAUCCCGAUAUGGAUUAGUGGCUUCGACCAGAUCAUGGACGAACGCCGCGGCUUCCCCCGCUUCCUGCCCCGGCCUGGCGCCAACGUCUCCAUCACCAUCGGGCAGUCCAUCUCGCCCCUCAUCUCGCCACUGGUGCAGUCCUACCGCCAGACCUGCUCAGAACUCGACCAGGUAGCCCCCCUCCACCCAGCACUGAAGGAGGUCCCCGGUCCACAGACGAUAGCCAACUCGGCGCAAAUGGGCAAGGGUUACGGCGACUGGCCGUACUCGGAACGCGAGGAUGAGGCUACGCGCGACGCUAGGAUUGCGAUCACGGCUAGGUUGCAGGAGGAACUGACGCGGUUGGGAGAAAGAGUUGAGGCUGAGGAGGGAAGGUUCGAUAGAGGGGAGUGGGCCCAAAGUCGCGCGGAUCCGAUGAAGGUCAUGGAGACUUCGGUCGAGGUGCCCAAGACGCAAUAG